AGCUCGCCCUAUUAGACGCCUCUUGACCCGAGACUCUGGUAUCUGUGCGGCCGAGCCGUUAUUCGUGAUGCUAGCGAGCGAGGGCCCCUGUCCCUUUUCGUGGUAUUAUUUCGCCUUUUACUUUUUAUGGUAUUUCACUUUGAUCCUUUUUCCUCCCAUCCCUUCGCCUCGUCUGUCCGGCUCUCAUUAGUCCGGGGUUCCGGGUCCUCUUCGCUCGCCGUCCGUUCGGUUUUUUUUUCUCUUCGUGAUAUUCUUUUCGGCUUCGUCCAUAGCCUGACCAGACGACCGACCCACUGUCACUCGCUCGCUUUUCUUAACGUUUUAUUUGGCCUCUCGUUUAAAUCGGCGAAGAGUCCGACCAGGCCGCGCAGAUGAAGCUCAACGGGCUUUCAUUGUUGGCCCUGCUGGGUGUGGUCGCCCAGACUGGCGCCGAUCCGACAUGGCCUUCGAGCAUCGACGAGGUGGAGGAGAUUAUGUUCCAGAUCGCGAGCACCCGAUCCCGCAAGUUUGCCGACUCGGUGAACCCUUGCACGAGUCAAGCCUCCGGGCCCGGCCGCCACAGCGCCGCCGAGUGGCUUCGAACCGCCUUCCAUGACAUGUCGACAGCUCAUGUCCCCCAAGGGUUGGGCGGCUUGGACGCGUCCUUGCAGUACGAACUCACCAACGGCGAGAACGCGGGCCCCGGCUUUGCUACCACGCUGACGUGGAUGGCGCCGUACCUGUCGAGGAGAAGCCCCAUGUCCGACCUCAUCGCCCUGGGCGUCUACACCUCCGUCCGCGCCUGUGGUGGUCCUGCCGUGCCCAUUCGCGCCGGCCGCAUCGAUGCCGCGCAAGCCGGCAGUCCAGGCGUCCCGCAACCUCAAAACGCCAUUGGCAUUUUCCGUAACCAGUUUGCGCGUAUGGGAUUCACACCCGAGGAGAUGAUCCAGUUGACAGCAUGUGGCCAUACCCUCGGCGGCGUCCAUGCUUCCCAAUUCCCGGAUAUUGUGCCUCCGGGCACGACGCCCAACGAUCACGCCUCGUUCGACUCGAGCGUCGCCGUAUUCGACGACAAGCUUGUCACCGAGUAUCUGAACGGCACGACGCAGAAUCCCCUCGUCGUGGGCCCCUCGCGCAGCAUCAACAGGCACUCGGACUUCAAGGUCUUCAGCUCUGACGCCAACGCAACGAUAUCCGCCAUGGCUGGCGCGUCCAACUUCGGUGAUACAUGUAGAACUGUUCUGCAGAAGAUGAUCGACACCGUGCCCCCAGGUGUCACCCUGAGUGAGCCCAUCACCCCGUAUCUGGUGAAGCCUGUCCAGCUACAGCUUACGCUUUCUCCGCAACUCGGUGGCUUGGACUUCACCGGACUCAUCCGCGUUCGGACCACCGACAUGCCUCUGUCCACCAUCCAGGGCUUGACGAUCAAUUACAAAAACCGAAAUGGAGGAUCCGACUGCGGAUCAGGACCUUGCAGCCUCCACCUCUCUGUUCAGGGCGUUGGCAGAGGGUUCGACGACACCUUUGCCUGGUUCCCCAUCGCACAGCAGUUGCCCGUCUCCUCGGGCAUCUCGUCCUUCACCGUCACCAUUCGCAGGACAGACGGGUCCAGCCUCCUCGUGGACAACAACGGCAACGGCUAUCCGUUGCAAGACGGCGUCUUCCUCCAGCGGUACCAAAGCUGUCUCCUGGCCACCUCCGGCACAACCACCCUGAGCGCAGCCAUUCGAAACGACCGUGCGGACAUACCCGUCAAAGCCGUCGUUUACUACAAGACCCCGCAGACGGGGAGCGUCGUGCCGGCCCUGAACAGCAUGACGCUCGAGCUCACCAAGGGCCCCUGUGUCGGAAGCUACACUCUCUUCUCGGCAAGCACGACGAUCCCGGGAGGCCGUAGCGUCGAGGCCGAUUUCGACAUCAUCAGCGGAGAGGGCUCGUCGGCUCUUGUGGAUUCUUUCAAAAAGGCCAACAUCCUUGGGGGUGCGUGCCAGCCGUUCCCUGCGACAGGCUUAUGCACUACUCCUACUCCCUCUCCCACAUCGUCGUCGUCGCAGACCCCGGUCAGCACCGAAUCGUCCGGUGUGUCGAGUGCUACCAGCGUUUCUUCCGAGCCGACCGUCAGCAGUGAAUCGUCCAUCGUGUCCCGCGAUGUCAGCACUUCAUCCGAGCUGGCCGUUUCCUCUGAGCUGCCCGUUUCCUCUGAGCUGCCCGUUUCCUCUGAGCUGCCCGUUUCCUCUGAGCUGCCCGUUUCCUCCGAGUCGCCCAGCUCCGAAGCGAGUUCCGCGCCACUGUCGAGUUCCAUGGAAUCCAGCAUCCCCUCUUCGACGAUCUCAAGUACCGUCCCGACCGUGUCGCUCCACCAUAGAGAGUUCAUAGGCGAGUACAGGCUCGUCUCCUGUUGGACUGAGGGUGACGGAGCUCGCGCGCUCAACGGCGCGAGCUUCGCCUACGACUCGAUGACCUUGGAAAGCUGCAUGGCCAACUGCGCCGGGUUUGACUAUUGGGGCACCGAGUACGGGCGGGAAUGCUACUGCGGCAACUCUCUUCACGGCUCCAGUUCGUCCGCGCCGCUUGGCGAAUGCAAUAUGGUUUGCGGCGGAGACAGCACCCAAUACUGUGGUGCUGGUAACAGGCUGGAGCUCUACUCCACAACAGCAAUCCGUAGCAGCAGCACUAGCAGCACCAGCACCAGCACCAGCGCCAGCAGCGCCAGCAGCGCCAGCAGCACGAGCUCCGCUCCGACUCCCACCGAAACGCUGGCCCGUCUGCCGACAGUGUCCAACUAUGUACACGUCGGUUGCCAGACUGAGGGUGUCGGAGUCCGGGCUCUUGGGGGGGCGGCGCUAGCUGACGAUGACAUGACGCUCGAUAUGUGUGCCGAUUUCUGCUCGGACUUUGCUUACUUUGGCGCGGAAUACGGCCGAGAGUGCUACUGCGGCGACUCGGUUCAUUCAUCCAGCGAGCCAGCACCGUUAGAAGAGUGCGGAAUGACGUGCGCAGGGAACCCAUUCCAGUACUGUGGCGCUGGCAACCGACUCGAGCUUUACCGCGCGAACAACGCUCCAUCCAUCAUCGUUCCCACACCCACAGAAAUUUCGUCGUGGGCAUCCGCCAGCAGCACACAAGAGCCGCCAUCGUCGCUCACCAUCACCACCUCCACCACCACCACUACAGAAGCAAGCCCGUCUCACCGGCCCACCGUCUCCCCCUACAUACUUGUUGGCUGCCAGACAGAAGGCACCGGCGCGCGCGCGCUUGGCGGGCCCUCAUACGCUUCUGGCACGGAGAUGACGCUGGACGCCUGCGCCGAGUUCUGCGAAGGAUACCGCUACUUCGGCACGCAAUAUAGCGCCGAGUGCUUCUGCGGGAACAGCCUGCACGACACUUCUCUCCCGGCCCCGCUCUCGGAGUGUCCCAUGCUCUGCUCCGGCAACCCGUCCGAGUACUGCGGCGGACCAAACCGUCUCACGCUGUAUCGCAACGACGACAUGCCCUCCGAGGAACCCGAUCCGGAACCGCGGCAGCCGCCUUUUGCGGGCGACUUUGUCUGGGUGGGAUGCCGGACUGAGCCCGUUGCCGCGGGUGCGAGGGCGUUAAACGGGUCAGCAACGGCGUCGGAUGACAUGUCCAACGAGGCCUGCGCCGAGUUCUGUGACGGGUUUGCGUACUUUGGUACCGAGUACGGGCGGGAGUGCUUCUGCGGCGACGAGAUUCACGAGGAAUCCGACGAGGUGGACGAGGAGGAGUGCAGCAUGACGUGCUCUGGGGCUGGGGAUGAGUUCUGUGGCAACUCGAAUAGGUUGUCGGUGUAUGGGCGAGAUGAGGAUACGGACGCGGACACGGACAUGGGAUCAUAGGCAAGGUUUGGAAGAUGCUGACCGAGGCUUCUCGUUCUUUCUUUUUUCGGUUUAUCCCAUCCCCUACACUUUCUUUUUCAUGAUAUUCUUUCCAUUAACUCUGCUAAUCCAUAUA